UCCUCUCCCAACACCAAAUAUGGCAGCGCCUGUAACGAAAAGAAGAAAGCUACGGCAUGAUAGCGACAACGGCUCCGAAUCCGAGGGAGAAGCGGGCGGGGUGCCCAGCGCGCCUUUUGACAGUGGAAGCCAUACUCCAGCGUUCAAAGAAGCACAACCCAAGCCGUCGCAUACUAAAUCCGAUCUCGCGCUUCAGGAUGGCGUUUACACGUCCGAGGUGUUUAAGUCAAACAUCUUCAAGCUUCAGGUUGACGAACUGCUUGAUCAAGUCAGGUUCAAAUACGGGAAGAAGACAGCGCUGGUCGAGACUGCCAUGCGAAAGAUAAAAACCAUAAUCGAGCAGCUUCCCAGUCGGGAGCCGUUGCCGAUUGUGGACGCUGAGACUGCCUUGCGUUCUGAAGGCGUCGCUGUCCCUUUCCCGAACCCACGCCCACCGAAAGACGCCAAGUACAAGUUACAGUAUGAGAGACCUUCCAACAUAAACGUGACGGGCAGUUUCCCUCUAAAGACUGCGACAAGGACGGACGGGGACUUCGCCAUCGACCUUGUCGUGACUAUGCCCAAGACGCUGUUUCAGGAGAAGGACUACCUCAACUACCGAUACUUCUACAAACGAGCAUAUUAUUUGGCCUGUGUAGCUGCUGGGAUUCAGAAUUCCAAGGCAGGAUAUUUCAAGACCUCCUUCGAUUGCUUGAACGGAAAUCAACUACAGCCCGUCCUGGUUGUGCAUCCUAGUGGCGAUAACGGCGCGGACGACUUCUCCAGCUCCAAAUGCGUGGUUCGGAUUCUCCUCGCUAUUCCUGAGAACACCUUCCCCGAAAGCAAGCUGCGCCCCGGGGCAAAUUGCAUACGUUCUCAGUUUGCGUCUGAGGAGGAGACGAGCAACGCAGCAGGGCCGACUCCAUUCUACAACGCCACUCUUCAGUCUGAUGUAGCUGUUACCCCGUAUCUCAAGCUUCUCCACUCUGCUGCGGCGAAAUGCGAAGCCUUUAAAGACGCUUGUAUCCUCGGUCGUAUCUGGCUAAGACAACGCGGAUUUGGGAGUCGUAUACGUAAAGGCGGAUUUGGUAAUUUUGAAUGGGCCGCGCUUAUGGCCGUACUCCUCCAGCCUACACCAGGUGCAGGCACUCCACCGCUAUCAACUGGCUAUAGCAGCUACCAGCUGUUCAAGGCGACUCUACAGUUUCUUGUGAAGCACAGCCUAACGAGAACUCCUUAUGGCUUCAACGUACGCGACGUCACGUUUCCAAAGACAAAUUUCGCCCCUGUUUUCUUUGACGGACCCCGAAAUCUCAACCUUCUCUUCAAAAUGACGCCCUGGUCAUACUCGCGGCUGCAAAAUGAAGCCAAGGCGACAAUUGAUAUGCUUGGCGACUCUACGGCAGAUCAUUUUGAGUCAACCUUCAUCCUCAAGGCGGACCUGUUGACUUUUCACUAUGACGCAGUUUUGAGAAUUCCUUUGUCUAGUUUGGAGGUAGAUCCCGUGAGUGAAGACUACGAUGAAGCUCUGCUCGAAAAGCUUCGUAGCCUUUACAACACACUUACGCGAGCCCUUACUGACAGGGUCACGACUCUGGACCUACUAGCGCCGGACCACGAUACCUGGGAGGUAGCCUUAAAGAGGCCUCCAGAGAGUCAACACAAGUCUGUACUAGUCGUCCUCAGUACAAGUCCAUCCAACGCGAAUCGCACAGUUGAUCUUGGACCUGCCGCGGAGAACAAGAAAGAAGCAGCCUCGUUUCGCCAAUUCUGGGGCGAGAAGGCCGAGCUGAGACGGUUCAAGGAUGGUAGCAUUCUCGAGAGCGUAGUGUGGUCGGUCAAGGACACAUCGGUCCCCGUCAUGGAACAGAUCAUCAAGUUCACUCUCAAGAAGUAUAUCAGUGCACAGGCAGCUGAGAGGGCAAGCUUCACUUUCGAUUCGUACGCCGCCAUCAUCCCCUCUGGUCGUGUGCAGGGUCAAUCAGGUGUCUUCGCCUUUUCUGCAAGGAUGAACGCUCUCGCCAAUCUAGAGAAGGACAUCCGGGGUCUUGAGGGCUUACCCCUUCAAAUUCGCCAUAUCAAAGCAGCUGAUCCACAACUGCGCUAUUCAGCGGUUGAUGUUGACUCCAUGCGGACCCCGGCGUCAAUAGUCAUUCAGUUUGAGGUCUCCGCUCGCUGGCCUGAUGACCUUUGCGCAAUCCAACGCACAAAAGUCGCAUUCUUCCUCAAGCUGUCGGAUCUGUUAGCCGAAGAGAGACCCGAGUAUGUCACUCGAGUGGGACUUGAGAAUCAGUCCUCGCCCUCAAAGAAUCAAGCCUAUCUUGACAUCAUCCUCCCCUCCGGCUUUUCUUUUCGACUGCGUAUACAACACGAGCGCGAAGCAACCCUGCUGGAGCGUCAGCUGAAAGAUAAGACGCUGGAUAACCAGUCACGGGAGUCAGCUGCUUCAGCACUCGCUAUCUACAAUAGAGAUUAUGUCCAUGUUCCCGCCCAUACACAGGCUCUGCAAACCCUAUGUACACGAUAUCCGGCUCUGUCACCUUCGAUACGACUGACAAAACGAUGGUUUGCCUCGCACCUCUUGUCCUCACACUUUUCGACCGAGCUUAUCGAACUUAUGGUCGUGCGCACUUUCCUUCAACCUUACCCUUGGGGUGUUCCUUCCACCGCAACAACUGGCUUCUUGAGAACGUUGUUGUGGAUGAGUCGAUGGGACUGGAGACAUGUACCUCUAGUUGUUGACUUCUCCUCGUCCGUCUCUGCUCCCUCAGGUGAGCUUGGAACAACAGAGAAAGCCAACGGGAGUCUGGGAACUCAAGAACUGCAAAAGAUCCAGACACGGUUUGAAGCUUGGCGACACAUCGAUCCGGCGAUGAAUCGCGUUGUACUGUUUGCAGCAACGAAUUUGGACAAUGAUGGGACGACGUGGAGUGACAGGGGUAAUCCUGAAAAGGUUGUGGCGGCCAGGAUGACCGCUCUUUCACGCGUUGCUACAAAUGUUUUGAGAGCACAUGAAGACAGUCUGAUAGCGUACAUGAACGGCAAAGGACCUGGUGAAGAUUUGAACCCCUUCAAACCCGAAAGUCUCUUUGUUUCCGAUCUUGGGGACUACGACAUCAUCAUCCGCCUCUCGUCAAGGUUCUCCACUAAAUCGACGAAGAAAACAGAGCCCAAGUUCAAGAACCUAGCAGUGCAGCAAGGCUCUCUCUCCGAGGAAGACAAGCGGAACGUCGGGUAUGCUCCUGCGGCUCUUUUUGCCGAGGACCUGCGACAAAUCUAUGGUGAUGCUGUACUCUGGCUCUGGAACCCGGAAAACUUCGAUGUCAUCGCUGGUUUGUGGAACCCUAUGGUCACCGCAAGAAGGUCUUGGAAAGUCAAGCCUGGGUGGAACAGCAUGCCUCAACGUUCAGCGAAGGACAAAGAGGGUGAGGAGGAGGAUGCUGGUGCUGACAUUGACAUCAAUAAGGGAGCGAUAUGUAAUGAGAUUAAGAGAUUAGGCGGAGAGAUGAUUGCUUCGAUUGAGCUUCGUAACUAAAGACCUACAAUAGAUAUUGAUGGCUCUAUGCCGCAUGUUGUAUACAUUGGUCUCGCGACCAGGGUAAUUGAACUGUAUAAGUUCAUGAGCCGCGUAAGAUAUCAUAAUCAAUCAUAGUUCUAAAAAUCGAUAUCUUUU